CAUAAGCAAUGUCGUUGGAAGGCACUAAUACUAGAGAUCACCUUGUUGAGGGACUGGUUGUAGUCCUGAAAUUGCCAGCUCUGUUUCUCUUUGAGUUUUGGCGUCUGACAAGCACCGAACAUUCUUCUCUGUAUCAAAGCAUCGUCGACCUAUCAGUACCAGUUGCAUCAACGGUGAUAGUAUUUCUUCCAAAGUUCUACAUUUUCCAGAUUUACAAGUUCCUAGCUAGUGUGUUUGUACUGGUUUUAAUUCAUUUUCAAACCCAAAAGGUUAUUGAAUGUGACGCAAGCAUUGGAUAUACUGACUUGAUCAUUAAUUCUUUUCUCCUUGGAAUAGCAGCUCAAUUAUUUGGAUAUUUAUGCAACGGAGGCUCAAAGAACAACUUAUUUUUUAUGGGACAUGUCGUACCAAUGCUGACAAAAAUAUUUGAUCUUCCUUUCACGGUAAACCAAUGUUUGCUUUUCCUGACCAGUGGCAUUUAUUGUUUGUAUCUGAUUUGCAGAAUGAAGGAUGGUUUCAUAAUUGCAAUCAAAGGAAUGGAGACAGGGAUUAAAACUUGGACAUCUUUAGUCAACAUUUUCGGUUUCCUUCCUGUUGCAAGGUCGAUAUCUGAAUCCAGACUUUUAACACAACAACUUUUGUUAUUCUGGGUGACGUAUUUUGGGUCCAUGAUUUAUUACUUUACAACACAUACCACUAAUGCCCAUGUUUUGUCUAUAUCAAAAAUGGAUUGGUCGUCUUUUUUUGCAAUUUGUGCUGGAGAAUGUUGCAAAACGUAUUUAGGACUUGUUUCGAUGUGCGUUUCUAUUUCAUACAUUGUCAAUUUUCUGUUUAAUGUACUUCACUUUUACGUUCAUGGUUGGAAGGAGCAAGCCACGGAUGCCGAUAAUUCUCCCGGUUGGUCGAUAGGUAUCCUUACAUUUAUGCUGUCAGUGGCAUUUGGAAUUUUAAUGCCAUCAAAUUCUUUGCAAACUAUGCUCAAAAAAGGCUUUCUGAUUGAAAUUAUCUCAAUUUAUAUGGCAUCAAAUUUUCUCAAUUUGGCGUAUGAAUUUGCUGAUCCUGCUCUAUUAUCACUUAGUGCAAUAUCAACAACAAAAGUGUCUAAACACAUUCAAAGUCUCAUGUUUUAUAUCUUUAUUAUAGUUUCCUUCUCAUACAUACUUAACAUCGUUUGGCAAGUUGUUGAUAUUUUCCUGACUUUACCAGCAAUUAUUAUAAGCCUGUCCAACGGAAUCCAAGCGACAGCUUCAAUCAUGAUCUAUUUAUUGUUUGUGUAUGACGGGCUUCAUGCUCAUCCUUUAGAACACUUAGAUGACAUAGUUUAUUACGUAAGGUCCACUGUGCGUUUUCUAGAUUUUGCAGGGUCAGUUAUUUUGGCUUGCAGUGGAAUAUGGUUAAUUAAGUCAGGUGGACUUAGCUGGAUCCAAUAUCCAUUUUUUGUUUUACAUUGCUAUUCCUUAUGGGAGAGAUUUCAAAAUGGCUGGAAAAACUUCUUGUUGAGGAGAAAGGCCGUGAGGUUGGUAGAUGCCCUUCAAACUGCGACAGAAGAACAGAUUCGUAACCACGAUGAUUUGUGUUCUAUAUGCCUUUGUCCGAUGUCAUAUGCGAAAAUAACUAACUGUGGACAUUUUUUUCACCCGACAUGUCUCAAAAAAUGGAUGUAUGUUGGACAUUCGUGUCCACAUUGUCUACGAAAAUUCUCAAAUGUACGUCAAUCCUAAUACAUCAGCUUAAUUAUCAUUGAAUCUUUUAAACAUUGUAUACGUAUUUAUUGCAAAGCUUUUCAAAAGAGAAAAUGCAACUAUGUAUGAGUAAUUACUUUUUAUACAUGU